CUCGGCCCCCGCCCGGCCCAACUUCCCGCCGGGACGGGACGGGACGGGACGGGACGGGACGGGACCGGCGGCGCCCCGCUGGGCUCCUCCUGAGGCGCUGUGCGGGCGAUGCCUCUCGCCGCCGGGCUCCUGGCUCCCGGGGCGCGGCGGCUCUCGGCGGCGGCCCCUGCCCCCGCUGCCCGCUCGGGCGCCCCGAGAGCAGGUUUGACUGUAGGUACCAAAGCGGGGAUCGACGGCGCAUAAAGAUGCUGAAGGGUGUUUGGUUGCUCAGUUUGUUAACAGUGGCUGGGAUCUCGCGGACAGAGAGUCGCAAACCUGCCAAAGACAUUUGCAGCAAGAGCCGCUGCCCUUGUGAGGAGAAGGAGAACGUGCUGAACAUUAAUUGUGAAAACAAAGGAUUUACAACCGUCAGCCUCCUCCUGCCGCCACCGUCCAAGAUCUACCAGCUGUUUCUCAAUGGGAACGCACUGACCCGCCUGUUCCCCAAUGAGUUCGUCAACUACUCCAACGCCGUGACCCUCCACUUGGGCAACAACGACAUGCAGGAGAUCCGCACAGGGGCCUUCAGCGGCCUUCGCACCCUCAAGAGGCUGCACCUCAAUAACAACAAGCUGGAAGUGCUGAAGGAAGACACGUUCCUGGGCUUGGAGAGCCUGGAAUACCUUCAGGCUGAUUACAAUUACAUCAGUGCCAUUGAAGCGGGGGCAUUCAGCAAGCUAAACAAGCUCAAGGUGCUGAUUCUCAAUGACAACCUCCUGCUGUCCCUGCCCAGCAAUGUCUUCCGCUUCGUGCUCCUCACUCACCUGGACCUGCGGGGGAACCGGCUGAAGAUGAUGCCUUUUGCUGGUGUGCUGGAGCACAUUGGAGGCAUCAUGGAAAUCCAGCUGGAGGAAAACCCCUGGAACUGCACCUGCGACUUGCUGCCACUCAAGGCCUGGCUGGACACCAUCACCGUGUUUGUGGGCGAGAUAGUCUGCGAAACCCCCUUCAGGCUUCAUGGGAAAGAUGUGACCCAGCUCACCAGGCAAGAUCUCUGCCCUAGGAAAAGCUCCAGCGAUUCAAACCAGAGGGAAAAACAUCCUGUCCUCUCAGACCCGCACAUCUCCAGGCUAUCGCCCACAGCCAACUCUGCCAUGAAUCCCACCAGAGCCCCGAAAGCCAGCCGGCCACCCAAAACCAGGAACCGCCCCACCCCCCGUGUCUCUGUGUCAAAAGACAGGCAAAUAUUCGGACCUAUCAUGGUUUACCAGACAAAGUCUCCAGUGCCCAUCACCUGCCCAGCUGGCUGCAUCUGUACGUCACAGAGCUCAGACAAUGGUUUAAACGUCAACUGCCAAGAGAAAAAGAUCAGUAACAUCUCCGAUCUCCACCCCAGGCCAACCAGUCCAAAGAAACUUUACCUUACCAGUAACUAUCUGCAAGUCAUUUAUAGAACCGAUCUCACAGAGUACAGCUCUCUGGAUUUGCUACAUCUAGGAAAUAACAGAAUUGCAGUGAUACAAGAAGGUGCCUUUACAAACCUCACAAGUUUACGUAGACUUUAUCUUAAUGGCAACUACCUUGAGAUCCUGUACCGCUCUAUGUUCGAAGGGCUGCACAGCCUGCAGUAUCUCUACCUAGAGUACAAUGUCAUUAAGGAGAUCCUGCCACGCACAUUUGAUGCUCUGAGUAAUCUUCAUCUCUUGUUUCUCAACAACAACCUGCUCAGAUCCUUGCCUGACAAUGUCUUUGGUGGCACUUCCCUCACCAGACUCAACCUUAGAAACAAUCAUUUCUCACACCUGCCUGUGAGAGGAGUCUUGGACCAGCUCUCAGCUCUAAUUCAGAUAGACCUCCAGGAGAACCCUUGGGACUGCACGUGUGACAUCCUGGGGCUGAGGAACUGGAUAGAGAAAGUCACUGACCAGAACAACCAGCAGUCAAAUCCCCCUGUAGUUAUCAAUGAAGUCAUAUGCGAGUCUCCCACCAAGCACUCCGGAGAGCAUCUGAAAUUCCUGAGCAAAGAAGCCAUCUGCCCAGAGAACCCCAACCUGUCAGAUUCUUCUCUCCUCUCCAUGAACCAGAACACAGAUACACCCCAUCUCCUCGGUGUCUCACCCAGCUCCUACCCAGAAUUACACACUGAAGUUCCACUGUCUGUCUUAAUUUUAGGAUUGCUGGUUGUGUUUAUUUUGUCGGUUUGUUUUGGGGCAGGCCUGUUUGUCUUCGUCCUUAAGCGCCGGAAGGGGGUGCAAAGCAUGCCCAGCAGCGCAAACAACGUAGAUAUAAGUUCAUUUCAGCUCCAGUAUGGGUCUUACAACACUGAGACCCACGAUAAAACUGAAGGACAUGUUUAUAACUACAUUCCCCCUCCUGUUGGACAAAUGUGCCAAAACCCAAUUUACAUGCAAAAGGAAGGGGAUCCAGUUGCCUAUUACAGGAAUCUCCAUGAGUUUAGCUACAGCAGUCUUGACCACAAAAAGGAAGACCCCACCAGUCUUGCAUUUACCAUCAGUGCAGCUGAAUUACUGGAAAAGCAAUCCUCGCCGAGGGAACCAGAGCUUCUGUAUCAAAAUAUUGCAGAAAGGGUCAAGGAACUGCCCGCUGGAGGAUUAGUUCAUUAUAACUUUUGUACCUUACCCAAAAGGCAGUUUGCCCCUUCGUAUGAAUCAAGACGCCAAAACCAGGACAGGAUAAAUAAAACUGUUUUAUAUGGAACUCCCAGGAAAUAUUUUGCAGAACAGUCUAAACCCGAGCAUCCUUUACUCCAAGGAAAGCUACAAACAGAACCAGACUACCUCGAAGUUCUGGAAAAACAAACUGCAAUCAGUCAGCUGUGAGGGGGGAGGUGGGAGACAAAGGAAAUUUUUUUAAAUGAGCUCAGCAUCACUUUUCAUUGAGUCUGAACUCAGUGCUGAUAUCAUCUGUCGCAUUCCCAACGUUUCCACUUUUUUAAAUCAGAGAGGGAGAGAGAGAGAAAAGGAACCUGUGCAGCACAGCAGGAAUAUGGUGUUGCUUUUGCAACGUUCUCUUUAAGUUAUUUCUCUCUCCUUUUGACCCUUCUGUAGGAACUGUCACUGCAAAUGUACCUUUCUGUAAUAGGUCUUGCAUAAUUCUUUUUGAUUUUGAAGGAAAUGAGGAAGGGGGUCUUUGGGUUUUCUGUUUUGUUUUGUUUUCUUUUCUUUUCUUUUCAUUUCAAAGUGGAAACUUAAUGUAUUAUGUAGAAGAUCUCCAAAGAUCUUUUUUUCCUGGACUAUGACUUUCUUUUGUAAAUAAUAAUAUACAGUACUGCUAUUUCAAUUACCAACUAUAGCCACUGGGCGUCACUUUUUUGUGUUAAAGUGCCUUUGCACUUUAAGUACAUUAUUACUUAAUUGUUGCUCUUAGCUUUGAUAAAUUGAACCUAUUUUAAUGUGUUGUAUUUUUGAAAUUAAAAAAAAAACUUGUAAAAUAGAUCUAUAUGUCAGCUGCAUUAAAUCAGAAGGUUUGAUUCAUAGGAAAGCUGCCCUUCUUUAAAUGACUCUAGUUCUAGGACCUUACAGACUCAAAUGUAAAUUAUUGGGGUAUUUUUUUCCUUCUAGGUUUGUUUAGAGUGAUUCACUGAAACCAACUGAGAGGAUUUAGCAAUGGACUAGAGGUUAUCAAAUGCCUCAGCUGGGAAUAAGAGCUCAUUAAUAAAAGAUGUUUAACACAA